UGGGAAAGCCUGAGCUGCGUGUGCCUGCAAUGAAAUUAUAAAUCCACAUCCCGGAGCAAUCGAGCAGCAGGAGGCACCAGGAACCUCCAGCAGCAGAAGCGCUGGGCUGCAGCAAGGGAUGGGAGUUGGGAGUGGAACCGACAGGGCUGGGAGAGCUGCUGGCAUUUCUCCUGACAAAAUCCUGCACAAACCGAGCCAGUCCAGGCGAAACCACGGCGCUGGACCCACCUGGUGUUCAGUGCUGAGCCCCGCUCCUUCCCCCUGAGUUCUGCCCUCAGCUUCCUCAGCUGAAAAGUGGAGAAGAUGCUGCCAAACCCGGCUUGACAAGCGCUGUCAGACGCAGCAAAUGUCACCGAAUGGCUCAGGUGGUGCUUGGUCAGCUGGCACACAGCACAUCAAGGGCACAGGACACUCUGCAUCAGCUGCCCACAGCCCCUGAGGCCAGGGACCAGCAAGGCUAAGACCAGCCUGGACUGGCCAGCGAUGAACGGAGAGGAGCAACAAUUCCACCCUGCAAGUCAGAGCCGAGGAGGGAAUUGGCCCCUGCCAUCCUCAAAGCCCCAUUAACCAAAUCAGCACGGCUCAGGAGGCUUCGGCAGCAGCGAAGAGGAGCGAGAGGAGAACCCCAAGGAGGAAUGGGCAAUGAGGAGCCGAGGCUGGCUGUGCUGGGCACGUCACCACUUGAGCAUUCCCAGGCUCCAAUGCCUCCGCAGAUCCCGAUGUCGGAGCGGCCCUGGACCUGCAGAACGGCGCAUGGCAGCACGGCGGUGAGCCCCUAGACCAUGCCCCACACCAUGAGAUGGUGGCUCCCGGCGCUGGCCCUGCACGUGCUGCUGCUGUCCCCGCGGGCGGGCGCCUGCCCCGCGCGCUGCGAGUGCGCCCCGCAGCUGCGCUCGGUGCUGUGCCACCGCCGGCGCCUCACCGCCAUCCCCGAGGGCAUCCCCACCGAGACCCGCGUCCUGGAGCUCAACAAGAACCGCAUCCGCUGCCUCAACCCCGGAGACCUGGCCCCGUACCCGCUGCUGGAGGAGCUGGAUUUCAGCGAGAACAUCAUCUCCAAUGUGGAGCCCGGCGCCUUCAGCAACCUGUUCAACCUGCAGACGCUGCGGCUGCGGGGGAACCAGCUCAAGCUCAUCCCCCCGGGGGUCUUCACCAAGCUGACCAACCUGACCCUGCUGGACAUCAGCGAGAACAAGCUCGUCAUCCUGCUGGACUACAUGUUCCAGGACCUGCACAACCUGAAGAGCCUGGAGGUGGGUGACAACGACCUGGUGUACAUCUCCCAGCGCGCCUUCUCGGGGCUGCUGGGCCUGGAGCAGCUGACCAUCGAGAAGUGCAACCUGACCUCCAUCUCGGCCGAGUCGCUGUCCUACCUCCAGAACCUGGAGGUGCUGCGGCUCCGGCACCUCAGCAUCUCCGCCCUGGAGGACCAGAACUUCAAGAAGCUCUACAAUCUCCUGCAGCUGGAGAUCGACAACUGGCCACUGCUGGAGGAGGUGUCUCCCACCAGCUUCCAGGGCCUGAACCUCACCUCGCUCUCCAUCACCUACACCAACAUCACAGCCGUGCCCGCCGCUGCCUUGAGGAACUUGGUGUACCUGCGGUACCUCAACCUGUCCUACAACCCCAUUAGCACUGUGCUCAAGGGCUCCUUUAAAGACCUGAUCCGGCUCCAGGAGCUCCACAUCGUGGGCGCUCUCCUGGUGUCCGUGGAGCCGCAGGCUUUCUCCGGCCUGAGGCAGAUCCGGCUGCUCAACCUCUCCAGCAACUUCCUGUCCACGCUGGAGGAGAGCACCUUCCACUCGGUCAACACGCUGGAGACGCUGCGGGUGGACAGGAACCCCCUGGCCUGCGACUGCCGGCUGCUCUGGAUCCUGCAGCGACGGAAGACGCUCAACUUCGACGGGCAGCAGCCCAUGUGCUCCUCGCCGCCCGAAAUCCAGGGCAACGCCCUGCGCGACUUCCCGGACUCGGUGCUCUUCGAGUACUUCACCUGCCAGAAGCCCAAGAUCCGCGAUCGGAAGCUGCAGCACGUGACGGCGCGGGAGGGACAGUCCGUGUCCUUCCUGUGCCGCGCCGACGGCGAGCCCGACCCCUCCAUCGCCUGGGUGUCGCCCCAGCACCGCAUGAUCACCACGCGCAGCAGCGGCCGUGCCACGGUGCUGCCCGGGGGCACCCUGGAGAUCCGCUUCGCCCAGGUGCAGGACAGUGGCACCUACAUCUGCAUCGCCAGCAACGCCGGCGGCAACGACACCUACUUCGCCACGCUGACGGUCAAGGGGCGCCCGGCCGACGGCGCCCACCGCGCCAACCGGACUUUGUACCCCAGCGACUUCAACGACACCUUCCACAACGACACCCAGGUCUUCUUGAAGUUCACCUUGGACCUCAAGACCAUCCUGGUCUCCACGGCCAUGGGCUGCAUCACCUUCCUGGGCGUGGUGCUCUUCUGCUUCCUCCUGCUCUUCGUCUGGAGCCGCGGCCGGGGGCAGCACAAGAACAACUUCUCCGUGGAGUAUUCCUUCCGCAAGGUGGACGGUCCCACCGCCACCACCGGCCAAGGAGGGGCCAGGAAGUUCAACAUGAAGAUGAUCUGAGCCUCUCCCAGAGGAGAUCCGUCGUGUUGGGCACAGCCACGGUGGGACAGGGCCGGGAGGGCUGCGGGGGCUCCGGCCGUG